CGGGGCCGGGGCCGGGGUCCGGCGAGGCGGCGCUGGAGGAGAACCCCUUCUACGGGAAGUACCGCCACAAGAUCCAGGAGCUGCGGAGAUCCAGUCCAGAUGUGUUUGAAUCCCGUAUGGAAAAGAGAAAUGAAGUGAAAAAGCAGCCCGUGGGAUAUUCCAAUCAAGGAGAAUUUAUCAGAUGUAUGGAAGAAAAGGUAGAAGGCUUGGGCACGAAGAAAUCAAAGGGAGGUUUCACAAAAGAUAAGACGCUUGAUUCGAUUCUUAAUGUUGAGGUGGUGAAAGAAAAAUCAGCGGAGGAGAUAAAACAGAUUUGGAAUCAGUAUUUUUCUGCAAAAGAUACAGUUUAUGCUGUUAUUCCUGCAGAGAAGUUUGCUUUAAUAUGGAAGAGAGCCCAGAAAUGUCCAUCGUUUCUGUACGCUUUGCCAAGAAAAGAAGGUUAUGAGUUCUUUGUGGGGCAGUGGUCGGGAACAGAAUUGCACUUCACUUCCCUAAUAAAUAUUCAGACCCAAGGUGAAACUGCUCCUAGCCAGCUGGUCUUGUACCAUUAUCCUGAGCUGCAGAAGGAAAAAGGGAUAGUACUAAUGACAGCAGAAAUAGACUCAAAGUUCUUGGUGGUCCAUGAAGCACAGUGCUUGGCGAAUCAGGUGCAGCUUUUCUAUGCGACGGAUCGUUCCGAGACCUAUGAAUUAGUGGAGACCUUCAACCACAGAUCUAGUGAAUUUAAAUAUAUGUCAGUAAUAGCAGAGCUUGAGCAAAGCAGACUUGGACGAGAACUGAGACCUGGUCAGGUUUCUGACAAGUCGUAGAUCCUGACCUGUGGGUGAAGCAAGCCAGCAGCAGGCAGGGGGUUUCCUAGAUGGGGUGGUCCUGUCUCUUCCGUUUCACGAAUUUGAUUUGGCUACAGAAAGGAUCUGGAGACGUCCUGGGAGUGUGAUAGUCAAGCCUGUCUGGCACUGAUGCAAGAUGAGGACUUGGGCCAUUGGAACGACAACAACUAAUUGCCAAAAUGGAGCCCUGUACUUCUGUGUAACUUCAUCAGAAUGAGCCAUUUUCCCCAUCCUGUAACUUACUGCUGCAUGCUGCAUUUGUGAAAUCUGAAAUAAAAUGACAGAAGGGGA